GUCCAAUAAUAAUGUUCUAAUUUGGGCGCGGCUAGCAAAAAAUAAGGUGUUUAGGGCUAUUUUGCUCCGAUUUAGGGCUUCGUUAUUAUUAUUUAGAAACAGGAAUUCAGGGCUAUUUUGCCUUUAACCGCAGCUCGAUUUCUCAACUGAAGAAGUGAAGAGUUUGCACGCUUACAACUUCACAAGCUGUUUUCGAUCUAAUGGUUAGUCAUCCUUCUCUUCGGAGCAGAACUUCGUCGGAUCUAGUAAGUCAGCUGCCAGAAGAUAUAAAGCACAAAAUAUUAGAGUGUCUAGAUACUCGAGAAGCGGCCAAAACUGCUCUUCUCUCCACUCAAUGGAAUGAGGUUUGGUUGCGACAUGGCCGGCUUGUCUUUAGUGAUGAGGGCUUAUUAGGAGAAGGUAAAGGCGUUAGAUGCUCGAGAAUGAUAACUAAUGCUCUGUUUCUCCGUCCUAGACCGGUUAGGAAAUUCACUCUGGACACUUCUCAAUGGAGACCUGCUAUGAAGCAGUCGGAUUUAGAUCUUUGGUGUCGUUUUCUAUCAAAAAAUGGUAUUGAGCAACUUAACCUCAAUAUUGCUGCUGAGAACGAUAUGGGAAAUAUGUACAAACUACCUGUUUGUAUAAUUUUCUGCCCGACAAUCAAACAACUGCAACUUGAGUACAUGGAUAUUAGUUUGCCAGUCAAUAUUCGACAGGGUAGUAUGUUUUAUGGUGUUACCUCUUUAGAGUUCAGUUGCGUUGAUUUUUACCGUGAUGAUAGCCUCACAGUUAUCCCACGUAUUCCUUAUCUUGAGGUGCUAGUGUUCUGGGAUUGUGAUGGGAUAGAUAAGUUCGUGAUCGAUGCUCCAAGACUUAAAUACCUCAGCUUUACCUAUGCCCAGUUCGUGGCUGAAUGGAAAUGGUUUGAACUUCAUUUUCGUGUCAUUAAGACUCUUCGCUUCGGUGCAUUUACAUUUUUGGUGAGAAUCGUGCCUUUGUACAAUGUUGCACCAUUCUUAAAGGAUAGGCCCUGAUACAUAUGUUUUUUCUCUAGUCUUUGAGAGUUCUUUUCUCAUUCAGGGUUAACCACUUGCUUUGUUUGUCUUUGACUUUAUAUAGUAUAACACCGAUGCUACAAUAAAUAUCCAAGAGAGGCUUCCAAUUGCUACAAAUCUGCAAGUGAUUGAGCUGCGUUUUUUUAGAUUUGCUGAUGCGAAUUGCGUUAAUCUUGUUAUUCAAUUGCUUCGGAAAUGCCCAAAGCUUCGCGAACUGGAGAUGUUUAUAUUAAAGCAUCAGUCACAUUUGCAUGGUGAAGCCGAUCCAACAAUUUUGAGAGAUAUGGACAGUUGGUUUAGUGAUCUGGAUCUCGGCGAGCUUAGAACAGUCAAGAUGAAAUCAUUUGACGGAUCAACACAGGAAAUGCUCUUUAUCAAAUUAAUUCUAUCAAAGUCUCCCUCCCUUGAGGAAGUUUUAAUUACGGAAUCAGACCGCAUUGAUGCCUCUGUGGCUUUAAAAGCACCAAGGGAGAUGAUCUCCUACCCUCGUGCGUCUCCAAAAGCGAAAGUGAUUUUCUGUGACAUAAGUAGGGGCUGCUCUAUUCCCUGAAUAUAAGGCAUUUGUAGCCCUUUAUAAGGGGCGUUUCCUUUGAUUCUCCUUGCAUAUGUUCUACACAAAAUUCUAAAGCCCUUUUGUUGUGAUAUAUUUGGUGACAUCCAAUUUUCUUACAUUUUAUUUGGUGAUUUAUGGUUUCUUUAAUUUUCAUAACCACGCUUAAUUCACAGGUUAUAUAAGUUCUUCUAUAACUUAUGGGUUCUUCAUUUUUCAUUUGAGGUUGGAAACCGAUGGGCAUAAGAAACUGGAGUGCUCGUGAAGUGACAUUUGGUAUUAUAGAACAUUUAACUCACAGAUUACAAGGUCUUACUUUUUACUAAUUGAAGAGCGUAGGUUAUACCAUGUACUACAUAUAUGCUAUAGGGAAGUAGAACAUUACUGGAUUAUCCGUCUUUUGUAUUUGUUGGAGCAUUCCAUCAUCCUCUUGGGAUUGUACUGUUUCUAGUCCGUAUUUUAGAAUAGAAGCUGAAUCGUGG